CCGCCGCCCGCCCGUUGCCGCCGCCGCCGUGCUCUUGCUUCGCCGGCCGCCGCCUAAGGGGGGCUGGGGCCGGGGCCAGCCGCCACCACCAUUGCCGGGAUGCCGCGGGUAUACAUCGGCCGCUUGAGCUACCAGGCCCGGGAGCGCGAUGUGGAGCGCUUCUUUAAGGGCUACGGGAAGAUCCUGGAGGUGGAUCUAAAGAACGGGUGGGGAAAGAUCAAGUGCAGACUGAGCUGUGGCCAACGUGUGCAGACCAGGAAUCCACACUAGCUCUAAUCAGAAAGCUCUUGGUGUGCGGAACUGCCAGUUUGCCGACGUGAAAAGAGCCCCAGACUGGGUAAUGGUGAGCCCUGAAGUCGCACCCCAGCUCUGCCACUCAGUGAGCACGGCAACAUCCCUAAGCCUGACCAGCCAUGGAGAGGUUCGGUUCUUACCAGGAAAAUGAGUGAAUGUGGGAAUGGCUCACCACAUUGGGAAAACAAAACACAUCCUGCUGAUGGUUGGCUGAGGACUGUCAUGUCCACAUACAAAGAAAAAGCAUGUGGCACAGUUUUAGGACAAAGGUAUGGUUUUGUGGAGUUUGAUGAUCUGCGCGAUGCAGAUGAUGCUGUUUAUGAACUCAAUGGCAAAGACCUUUGCGGCGAGCGAGUGAUUGUCGAACACGCCCGGGGCCCACGUCGGGAUGGCAGUUACGGCUCUGGACGCAGUGGCUAUGGUUAUAGAAGAAGUGGCCGAGAUAAAUAUGGCCCUCCCACCCGCACAGAGUACAGACUUAUUGUGGAGAAUUUGUCAAGUCGGUGCAGCUGGCAAGAUCUAAAGGAUUACAUGCGUCAGGCAGGAGAAGUGACCUAUGCAGAUGCUCACAAGGGUCGCAAAAACGAAGGGGUGAUUGAAUUUGUAUCUUACUCUGAUAUGAAAAGAGCUUUGGAAAAGUUGGAUGGAACAGAAGUCAAUGGCAGAAAAAUAAGAUUAGUUGAAGACAAGCCUGGCUCUAGACGACGCCGAUCCUACUCCAGGAGCCGGAGUCAUUCGAGGUCUCGCUCUCGAAGCAGACAUUCUCGGAAGAGCAGAAGCCGAAGUGGCAGCAGCAAAAGCAGUCAUUCUAAGAGUCGAUCCCGAUCCAGGUCAGGCUCCCGCUCCCGGAGCAAGAGCCGCAGCCGCAGCCAGAGCCGCAGCCGGAGCAAGAAGGAGAAAAGCCGGAGCCCCAGCAAGGAUGACAAGAGCCGCAGCCGCAGCCGCAGCCGCAGCGCCGGCCAGAGCCGCAGCAAGAGCAAAGACCACGCGGAAGAGAAGGCGCAGAACAAUGCCAGCGCCGGGAAGUCCAAGAGCCGGAGUCCCAGUCGGCAUAAGAGCAAGAGCAAGAGCCGCAGCAGGAGCCCAGAGAGGGCCGCGGAGGAGGAGAAGCGCAGGAGUGGCAGCCCGGAGCCCAGCCGGAGCCAGGAGAAGAACGACCCCAAGAGCAGGAGCCGCAGCCGGAGCAAAGGGGGCAGCCGGAGCCGCAGCCGGAGCCGCAGCAAAAGCAAGGACAAGAGGAAGGGGCGGAAGAGAAGCAGGGAGGAAAGCCGUAGUCGCAGCCGCAGCCGCAGCCGCAGCCGUAGUCGUAGCCGUAGUCGUAGUCGCAGUCGCAGUCGCAGUCGCAGUCGCAGCAAGAGCGAAAGGAGCAGAAAACGCAGCAGCAAGCGGGACAGCAAGACGAGCAGCAGCAAGAAGAAGAAGAAGGAAGACACCGACCGCUCCCAGUCCAGGUCGCCAUCCCGCUCGCGGUCAAAGGAGCGGGAACAUGCCAAGUCCGAGUCUGGCCAGCGGGAAGGCCGAGGGGAGAGCGAGGAUGCCGGCCCCAAGCAGGAGAGCCGGUCCAGGUCAAGAUCCAAUUCCAAAUCGAAACCAAACCUUCCAUCAGAAUCACGUUCCAGAUCAAAGUCCGUGUCGAAAACCCGAUCGCGAUCCAAGUCGCGGUCCAGAUCUGCUUCUAGAUCACCCUCACGGUCUAGAUCCAGGUCCUAACUGGUUACGGCCGCAGCUGGAGCCGCCGGAGAAGUCUUUUGUACAUGUUCGGUAGCCGUAGCACAAGUGAUCGAAGUAGAACACGUCACUCUGUACAUUUUUAACUCCCUUGAUGGUGUGUCUGUAAUUGUUAAAUCUAAGUGCUUCCUCUCAGUAACGCCUCCUGGCGCCAGGCCUCCUGCUCGACUGAAAGAAAAGAAAAUCUCUCUGAAACCCCUUUUCUCAUGGCCCACGGUAGAAUAUCCAAAAUGCCUUGGCUUUCAGGCCUGGCUUUUCCUACAGGGAGCUCAGUACCUGGACGGCUUUAAGGCUGGAUGAUGACAUAGGUAGGUACGGUGAGUUCAACCAUUUUUGCCCUUGAAUUGAUGCCCUUUGAUGUAUGCCAUUUAGUGAAAGUGCUAAGUCUUAAGUUUCUUACCACUUUGAGUUCAUAUUUUUGGACUUAACAAAGUUGUGAAUAGCACAGUCGAGGAAAAUUGAUACCUGCAGUUACCCAUAGGAAAUAAACUAGAGUUCCAUAUUCUGGUAUUGUGAUUAUAUUGUUUUAUAUUAAAAAAGAAAAAAGAAUUUUUUUUAAUUUUAUUUUUCCCCGUCUUGCAAAGUAUAGUGACCCCUGUUUCCAUUAAAUUUGAAUAAAGACUAUUUUUGCUUGACAAAAUUC